UCGACCUGCUCCGCCCAUUGGCCGGUAUGCGGACUUCUCACAGACAGUUGUAUGUUUCAUAAAGAUGCACUCUGAUGCGGCCAAUUUUCAGCUGAAUUCCCACUUGACUACGCUGGCCAGCAUCCAUAAGAUCCACCACACAUUGCACAGGCUGAACCUCACGGAAGACGUUGAUCAGGAGAGCCGCUCGUCAGCUUGUUGCUCCAGAGCCAUGCCCCCGAGGAAAAAGAGGAGACCCACUGCCGGAGAUGACCUGUCCGCGAAGAAGAGUCGCCAGGACAGAAAACUUGACUCUCCACUCAUCCGCGAGGAGGAAACAUUUUCCAGCAAGAGAUGCUUGGAGUGGUUCUAUGAAUAUGCGGGCUGUGAUGACGUGGUGGGACCAGAGGGGAUGGAGAAGUUCUGUGAGGACAUCGGAGUGGAACCCGAGAAUGUGGUGAUGCUAGUGCUGGCGUGGAAGUUGGACGCUCAGAGCAUGGGUUACUUUACGCUGCAGGAGUGGCUGAGGGGCAUGGGCUCGCUGCAGUGCGACUCCACCGAGAGGCUGAGGAAUUCGCUGGACUUCUUGAGGUCCGUCCUCAACGAUAGCACCAGCUUUAAGCACAUUUACCGAUACGCCUUUGAUUUUGCCAGGGAGAAGGAUCAGAGGAGUUUGGACUUGAACACGGCUAAGUGCAUGCUGGGUCUUCUUUUGGGAAAGACGUGGCCCCUCUUUCCUGUCUUCAAUCAGUUUCUAGAGCAAUCAAAGUACAAAGUGGUCAACAAAGACCAGUGGUGCAACGUGUUGGAGUUCAGUCGGACAAUCAACUUGGACCUCAGCAACUACGAUGAAGAUGGAGCCUGGCCUGUCCUGUUGGACGAGUUUGUGGAAUGGUACAAGGAAAGACACAUGUCCUAGCUACAACUGCAAAAAAGCAAACAUACAAAAUACUGUGAUGACCGCAACAACGAGAAUCAACAAGAAAAAAAAUCAGCCACGGGUGGGGGUGGGUAGCUGGGGAAGGGGUCACGUUACCAGAUUCGGUAAAGCUGGCGAGCUCGCCAGGCUUAGCCCUAAACCCACGUUUACCACUUUUCCACCCGGAGUAUGAGAAAGUAUUGUGGGUGGGGAAAAAGCGAGGGGUUCAGAGUCUUAAAGGUGACCACAUUUAGAUAAAAAAAAGUCACGGUGGGUUGGUUACCUUGGCAGGUUUCAGCUGCUUGUGCUGUUUACUUGAUUAGUGCCAGUCUUUUCUGUUUGUUUGUUUCUUCCCCUUUUUGAGGGGUGGCUUUUUUUUUUAGCACCAAACAAAACCACAUUGCUGCUAAUUCCAUUCAGGCGGGCCAUAGAUGCCCCCCAGCCCCGUCAGCGUUUAUUGGUCCCUACCGGAGCAAUGGAUGCGUCCACUUAGCUGUGCCUCAAACUUUACCACACACGUAGUUGACAGAUGUACAUAUGUGUAAAAGUUGGGAGCCUGUUUGACGUCAAGCCCGCUGUCAAUUUUGUCCCCCCACGUGUGGUUCAGUCUUCCUUUUUAGUCCGAUAGUUUCAGGUAGCAUCUCCCCCACUUUGCCUCCCAGUGUUGGAACGAGCAUUUCUAGCGCCACCUACAAGGAAUGUGGGACAGGUCGGAACUGUAAAAUAGCGCUCUUGUUUUAUUUUCUUUCUGUCCACAUUUUUUGUCGUUUUGGCUGUGCUGUGACGCUGAUUCGUCCAAAUGAUUUUAAUAUUUGCAUGCAGCUCCUGACAGAGCCAUUUUUUUUUCCCCCUGUACAGAAAUUUGUGAAAAUGUUUUGUGUUUAGAUUUCUUUUUUAGGGGGGAUAUUCACCAUCAUGUUUAUCGUUUGGUUUCCCAACGGGAACACAUGAUUGUGUUUAUCGUCGUCGUCGUUAAGACCUGGAAAAAACAUACGUGCAACCUCAUGGUGGAACAAGCGUUCACCCCAUUGACGCCAAACGAAAAAGCUUGCUUGGCGUACGCGUUUUUUGUUUAUUUAUUGGCAGUGCAUCCGUUGACUUGCGCACACAAAUGGCACCCUCACUGGUUUCACUCUUGUGAAAUAGACAACACGCGGUUAUGUAUAGAAUUAAUUCAUGUUCUCGUAUGAUCUUGUGACAAUGCAGGAAGGUGAAAGUGCUUGUCCCAGCUGUAUAUAUGUAUGUAAAACUAAGUGUCUAUAUGUCGGUUUUCACUAUAACCAAUGUCUAUAUACUUAAAUAAAAAGGGUUUAUUAACUUAACUCCA